AUGGUCUUUUUUGUCGACAUGGGGGUUACUCAAUGGACCCAGGCUCCAGCCAUUGCGGAUGGCGGCCUGUUCUCUGCUGGUUUCGAUACCUACCUAUUUCGGAGUCCGCUCCUGGCUACUCUGACAUUGUACGGAAUGUCCUCACAGAAUACCAAUGAUCCCUGGCUAGAGCAGCCUGGAGGGCAGCACAUUUUCCAGAAUACGCAGGCUGUAGAGGCGGGCCAAGUCAUUUCACAGGCAUUCAAUCCAAUCUCCACCCAAGUUCCCUCCAACUUUGAUCAGGAGGUUUACAACACAGUACCCAAGGGCGGCAUUUCAAUUGCACAAUUUCGGGAUGCAAGCGCCAAUUCAAACGCCAAAAAGGCUUGA